AUGGAUAACGGAGUAUUUGUAGAAUCAAUAAAAGUUGUUGAUGAAAUUGAUAAUAUGAUUAAUCUUGAAGGGAAAAUAUUAAUAUAUAAAGUUGCUCACGGGAGAAAAAAUGUUUCAAUAGAUUACACUACUGAUUUUUGGGAAACAUAUUAUAACGUGGCUGCAAAAAAAUCGUGUAGUGUUUCAUCAGAAAAAGAUUUGUACAUUUUCAAACUUUCAACUUUUAAAACCCCAAAUGCUCCACUUUACCUUGAAUUUGCAGUGAAAUGUGAUAUCGCUGGUUCAACUUUUUGGACUAAUGGAUAUCAAUAUAUAUAUGAUGAAGACGUUACUCAAAAAGAAUUUUUUUUCAAUGAAUUUCAGCCUUCAAGUCCUGCUGAUGAUAGAAAAGAAUGCAUUAUAUGCAUAGAAAAAGUCGAUCCAGAUAACUUUAUAAAUAUUACAGAUCAAUGCAUUCACGAAAACAACAUGUGCCGCGAAUGUGUUCAAAAACAUAUUAAAGCUGAAGUUUUGGAUAAAGGCAAUUUUAAUAUUUUAUGUCCUGAAGAGGAGUGUCGUGAGUUAUUACAAGAACAGGACGUUAAAAGAUUUGCUGAUGAAGAAACAUUUAGUCGGUAUGACCAGCUUAACCUACGUUAUGCAUUAUUACAAAUGCCAGAUUUUCAUUGGUGUACAAACCAAGAUUGUAACUCUGGGCAAAUACAUGACGAAGGAGAUGCUGCUCCAAUAAUGACAUGUGAAGCCUGUGGACGGAAAUCUUGUGUCUUACAUGAUCUUCCAAUUGAUAAUAAUCGUCUAAACUGCCCUGAAUGUGAAAAAGUUGAGCCUACACGACCGAAUGAAGAAGAGUUAACCGUAGUCAAAACAAAAACUAAAUAUUUUUCAAUAUUUAAAAAGUUCAAGCCUGAAAGGAAAAAUCAUGAACCUUCACAAACAUUAUUAGAAUUAGAAAUUGAGGAAAGAAAUGCCAGAUUAAAACAAUGUCCUGUGUGUACAAGUAAAAUUCAGAAAAGUGGUGGAUGCGAUCAUAUGAAAUGUGGAAAUCCUCGAUGUAAACACGAAUUUUGUUGGAU